CGUCCAAUCAUAUGCUGCCUGCGAUUAACACUAUUGUUUGGAUGACUCGGUUAGCUGCAGGAGCUAAACUUCAGUUUUUAACUUUAUAUACCGUCAUAAAUAGACAUUAACCGGGUUAAAUAAUCCAGCAGGGACAUUCUGAGCUAACGCUGGUCUCUGUUCAGUCCUGACUGGACCAGGAUGGUGGACAACUUCGACGGUCAGGAGGUUCAGUCCAGCGGGGAGUUGUGGUCCCAGAUCUGCUCCAGCCUUCCGGAAGUCCAGGCUCCGCAGAGCAGCCCGGACUUCACCGACUCGUUCCGGCCAGCAGCGCAGCAUGGAGUCCAGGCCAGUGCACCAGUAAACAGGACCAACACCAGCAGUGCUCAGUGGAAACCCAUGGAGGACUCCGAGUCCUACCUGGCCAGUUUAGAAAACCGUCUGAAAAAGAUAAAGGGUCAGUCCUGUGACGUGACCUCCAGAGACAUCCUGCGCUCGCUGUCUCAGGCUAAGAAGGAAUGCUGGGACAGAUUUCUGCACGACGCCCAGACCUCGGAGCUCUUCCAGAGCGACGACAUGGACGAGAGCGCUCUGGAACACUUCAAGAGGUGGUUGAUCCCGGAGAAGGUGGCCAUCAGUGCCGAGGAGCUGGAGUAUCUCCUGAGGCCGUCGCAGAGUACAGACUCGUCCGGAUCCCAUCACACACAAAACGAAGAGGAGACGGCGGGAGGAGAACCAAACUCUGAGGAAGACAAUUCCGGCUCCCCGGAGAAAUAAAUGUGUAAAAAUACUGUUCUGAAGUAUUACUCUGCCAAGUAUUCUGUCAGUCAUUUUCAGCGCAUCCUCCCGUGGUGUUUCUGAGCUGUGAUGUUAAACCCGUUGUUUCAUUUAAUCCUCCAAUGCUUCUGUUUUGUCCUAAAUCUCCAUCCUCUACUCAUGGAAAAUGGUGCCGUGUAAAAAUUAUACUUUUUGUUUCGUAACAACAGAUUCAGCGUUAAAUCUCUUGUGUUUCUCAGUUUUACUUCAGUAGUUAAACCAUAAUGGUUGGGAAUAUAAAACACUGUAAAUAUUGCAAUAAAAUGCAAACAAGAUGUUUCUUUUUUUUUUUUUUUUUUUUAUUCUCACAUCCAUUAAUCAAUGCAAAUGGCGUUCAGAUGCUCUGCAAAUUGCUGAAUGUUUUCCUUUCAUUUUAAGCACAAUUUUACUUAUGUCUAAAUAAAUAAAAAAGGUGUAUUCUGAUUUCUACUGAGUUUCAUAUUAUUGUAUUUUAAAAGGAAAGAAAUUUUAAAUUCAUUUGAA